CGGGCCAGCCGGCAGAUCAUCUAUCUCACUCUCCCCCGACCCCCACACCGUUCCAAGAGCACGCCCCCGUUUCCCCUGGUGGUGCUGCCGCCACGGCCCACGACACGUCACUCCUCCAACCUCGGCCUGGAAGUGCAUCGCGGUAACCUCUCCUCCCCAACUCAUGCACUCCGCGACGUAUGCAAAGGGGAAACGAUAUGGCGUACUGGGAUACCUACCGGAGCAGGGCUCAAGGGAGGCUGAGUUAUGGGAGCUGAAUAGAAACCAAUCUCCCCUCCUGCGCCUCCCACCAGAGAUACGCAACAAAAUCUACCGUCUCCUCCUUUCCAACAUGGGCAUCCACGUCCUCCACGACCCGAAAACGGGAUCCUUCCACUGCCUCGCCCUCCGAGCCGGCGCGAACCCCUGGACUUGUGUCCCCACGACCACGUCCCCGACGAGGCAUAUACUAGAACCAGAAAGAGAUACCCCCAAGACCAAGAAGAAGAGAUCACGACCGGUCCUCGGACGGGGACUGACGCUGCUGGUCCUCGUCUGCAGACAACUCUACCACGAGACGGAGCUUAUACCCUACCGCGAGUGUGCGUGGAGUUGGGCGACGCCUGGGUUGAUGGAGCGGUAUUUGCUUACGGAGAGGCGGAUGGGGAUUGCGCAGAGGAGGGUGUUGAGGGAGGUUUGUGUUCGGGGGAUUCAGGGGUUUGGAAAUUGUAGUCGGAGGGUUCGGGGGGUUCUGGGGGGGUUGGAGGUUGUUUGGUUCUGGGAGGUGACGGGUGGCAGCGGUAGCACGGGGGAAGGAAAGUGGAGAGAGAGGGAGUGUGGAGGGUGGGUUUGUGAGAUUGUUGAGAGGGGGAGGGUUGAGGUUGGUGUUGGGAGGCCGAAUUGAGGGUCUUGACGAUGGUGAUGGCGGCGCUCGAUGGCUCGGGAGGGUUGAGGCGAGAAUAAAUUGAGGGCAUCGUGAGCUUGUGCUCUGCGGCGUCAAAGAGACAUGAGGCUAUGAGGCUGAUGAUACUGGGCACACAAGAGGGCACCAUACUUUGAUGAUACAAGGGGUAGACUACCACAAUGAAUUUUGAGCCAUUAAAGUGUCCCCUCAUUACGGGAACGACAUUAAACCAAUUUGAUGCCCCCUUAUCUCUGUCGCUGAGCGCCGACAAUGGUCUCUACCAUCUCCAUGAAGCCUGACUUCGUCCAUAUCGACGCUUCUUACCUGC